AGGCUGUCACAUGCCAGGAACCUUGAAUUCAAUUUUCAGUUACUGCUACCUUCACCGAGAGAAGAGUUGCUGUUAAUGCUGAAUGAUAUUGUUGGAGCAGCACGGAUACUUUAUCUGAAUGAUGUAGAAAUUUAUUUCAUCGAGGAUGAUGAUUUUGGACCAUUCAGUCAAAUAAAUGAGCUCAAGUCCUUAAAUGCAGUACUUCAAAUACUGAAAUCUGUGAUUUCUGCUGCUAAUCCCAAUGAAAUGAAAGCUUUGAAUGUGUUGCAGAAUGAAACCAUUGCUAGGAUAAACUCAUUUGCAGAUCAGAAUAUUGAUGAAAUGGUCAUGAGGAAACAUGAUACAACUGCUGAAGAUUUACUUUUGAAGUGGGGUGAAAGUUGUGGUGCAAGAUCAAAAGUCACGGUUGCUU